GACACAUCAAACCUAAUACUACUACUAAUCAAGUUGAAAAUAUACACAAACAAUGUUAUUUGUAAAAAAAUAUAAAUACAAAUAAUUGUUGAUGUUGUUGCAGAUCAAACACUCUCUCUCAACAAUGGCGAAUAGAUCUUCCUUCUCCCUCCUCAACUCCCCCCUCUCUCUCCUCCUCCCGCGAGGCGACGCUUUCCUCUACCUCUUCGCCCUCCUCUCCAUCUCCUCUCUCCUCCUCCACCACCUCACUCCCGCCGCCGCUCAACCCCACUUCGAGGGAUUUGACGCCGAUGAAGACGACGAUUUCGCCCUCGGAGAACCUAAAUCCGACGACUUCAUCCGCCCCAUCCGCUCCUCUCCUCCUCCGAUUUCUCUAUCCACCUCCACCCCCGAGUCACACCACGGCCCCCCCGAGACCGAUCGAUCCCCGCCGUCCGAUCAGAACCCUAAGCCAGCUUCAACUUCAACUUCCUCGUUUGAAUACUGGGAUGAAGACGAAUUCGAAGGAAUCCCGCCCACUGAAGCGGUCACUGAAUCUGCUGCUGCUGCUGCUGAAUCGGAUCCGGUCCCGAGCUCCGGUGAUUCGGUUAAGGAUCCGAGCUCGGAUGUGAAGGUUCCAAUGAAGAUUACCUCGUUUACCGUUGAAAUUGCGUGUGUUUCAUUCUUAAUCGUGUUUGCCAUCAACUACUUCACUGGGAAAAAGGAGAAUGAGAAUCUGGCUUUGGCUUGGGCUAGCAAAUUCGCGACCAAGGACUCGAUCUUCGAGAAGAAUUUCAGCCUGUUGGGAGUUGGCGAGACCGACGACUCGCCGCUUCUGUUGCAGGAAGGGAAGAAUGUGUUCAAGUUCUACGCGAGUGGUAGGAGGUAUUGCUCGGGAUUGCUGGCGACGAUGGAGCUCAAGAGCCGGCACGAUUUGAUUUCGAGGCUGUACAACAUGGUGGUGCCGUGCAAAGAUGAGAUUACGUUUGAGGUUUACAUGAAUGAUGAUUCGAUGGAUCAGGUGGUUUUUGCAUUGGCGAGGAAGAAGCUGGCAAAGACGAUGCAGAAGGAGCUGGCAGAUCUGCACAGGUUUGCUGGGCUAGUGAAUCCUCCCAAUGGGAGAAAAUGGGUGGCGGAGGAGUUGCAGGUGGUGUCGGAGUCCAAGGAAGUUGCUACCGAUUUGAUCACUGAUGCUGUGCUUGAUCAGGUUUUUGGCGACAAAGCUUUUGAAAAAACUGGAAAAGGUUUCAUCUCAAUGCAUUUCUCGGAUCAACAACCGGGUUCAAGCAGAAAGAUGCUAGUGUUUAAGUUUGCUCUUCCUGAUGAGAAUAACAUGGCCGACAUGACUCGUUUGGUUGCUCUUGUACCUUACUACAUUGACCUGAUUGGACGAUACAAGCUCAGUUCACACGCUCGAUCAAAAACAGAAGCAGCUAGAACAAAGGUUGCCCAGGAGCACUACAAAGAGCUUCAAUAUGCCAGGCAAGACGCUUUGCAGAAAAAGAAGGCAGAGCAGAGGAAGAAGUUGGAGGAGGCGGAGGCAAAGCUAAGUGCUGAGGCCCUUCGCAAGAAGGAAGCUAAAGACCGUUCUCGCCAAAUGAAGAAGGCAAUGCCGAAAAUGAAGAUGACUAAGGCUCAUUAGAUCUGAAAUUUCAGCUUUAACACAUUAUGUCAGCUUCGUCGAUUGUUGUCAUUUACAUUUGGAUUACUAGAAGAUCCUCUUACAUUAUGCCACACUCAGUUUGGUCUUCUUCCAACCUUGAUACUCUCUGAGAUGCUUCAAUGUAGCACUAGUCCUAAUAUUAUGGAACAUCUAGAAUUCUCUUAGUGAGUUUAUUGGGAAAAAGGUUUUGAUCCAUGCCACUUGUAGAGGAAUGGAACUCAUUUGAUGCUGUCAAAUUUUGACUACGUUUAGACUAGAAACUAAAAAUAAAGCAGCAUUCUUUUACUA